AUGUCUUUCAUUAAUAAAGAGUUCCAACAUCUCAAAAUUUCACUCAAUAUUUUAAAAUCUGCCACCAACAAUUUUAGUGACACCAAUUGUAUCGGGCGUGGUGGGUUUGGGAAAGUUUAUAAAGGAGAAAUUCUCCUAUCUGGCGUGCUCACCAUGGUUGCCAUAAAGCGUUUAGAUAGAUCACUUGGACAAGGAACCACUGAGUUUUGGAAAGAAGUAAUGACGCUUUCUCAAUACAAACACGAAAAUCUCGUCUCCCUCUUACGCUUUUGUGACGAGGGUGGUGAGAAUCUUCUUGUCUACGAGUAUCUAUCUAACAAAAGUCUCGACUUAUACAUAAGUAGAACCGAUCUUACUUGGCCAGACCGCCUUCGUAUAUGCAUUGGGGCUGCAUUGGGACUACGGUACCUUCAUGAACCUGUGGAGGGGAGUCAGCAAAGAGUCUUACACCGGGAUAUCAAAAGCGCAAAUAUAUUGUUAGAUGAAAAUGGGGUACCUAAGAUAGCAGACUUGGGUUUGUCCAAACUUGGUCCAGCUAACCAAGAAUAUAGUUUUAUCUUCUCCAAUGCAGUAGGUACGCCUGGAUAUUGCGAUCCACUAUAUUCACAUACAGGCUUGUUGACAAAAGAAUCUGACGUCUAUUCCUUUGGCGUUGUUUUAUUCGAGGUUCUUUGUGGAAGACCUGCAUAUGUACAAGAUUACAAUGAUAUUAGCAGAUCUUUGUCGGCAUUGGCACGAAAGUGCUAUGAAGAAAAGAAAUUGGAUACAAUCAUUCACCCUGGUAUUAGAGAAACAAUUUCACCAAAGUCUUUAGAAAGGUUUUCAGCAAUAGCUUAUCAAUGUUUGCACUUAAAUCGCGAAGAACGGCCAUCAAUGGAAAAAAUCGCGCAAGAAAUUCAAAUUGCAAAUUUUUAUGAAUACCUCACCUACAUAUCACUACCGGAAGUGCCGAUCAGAAAGAUUGAAGCAGCAACCGGAAACUUUAAGAUGUGUAUUUGGGAAAAUGAACAUUAUCAGGUUUACAGAGGGGAACUUUCCAUCUCAGGAGGAAAACCUACAACGGUCUUCAUAAGAAGGUUUUGUAAUGAUAGCCCUUUAGGAGACGCGCAUCAGUUUUUCGCUACACUUGUAGCACUCUCUGGUCAACAGCCUCCAAACAUCCUCCCUGUUGUCGGUUAUUGUUACGAGAAAAGGGCAAAAGUUACUGUCCAUGAAUAUAAAUACGCAGAGCGUGGGAGCUUAGAUCAGUAUAUAAGCAGAGGUAGCAAUGCUACUCUUACGUGGCUCCAACGACUUCAAAUAUGUUGCGGUGCAGCUCGUGGAUUAUCCGAAUUCCAUAAUCGAAAUUUGAAAUUUGAGUCAUUUAAAAGCGGAAAUAUUUUGCUAGAUAGCAAGUGGGUUGCUAAAAUUUGUGAGUAUAUGCCCUUCCCAACAAAUUUAGAUAUCGUUAGUGUUCGCCAUGUUUAUAGCGCACCCGAUUACAUUCUUAGUGGUCAAGCGACGAGAGAAGCAAAUGUAUAUUCUUUCGGUAUGGUACUAUUUGAAGUGCUUUGUGGGAGGCUAUUCAUCGAAAAGCUGGAUGGCUUCAUGUUAUCAGCUCAACUGAUCAAAGAACUGUAUGAAAAGAGGAGACUUGAUGAGGUCGUUGAUCCUGCUCUUUUAGGUGCACAAAUGAUUGGUGCAAACUCAAUCGACAAAUAUUCAGCAAUUGCGUAUCGAUGCUUGUCGGAUGAUCCAAAAGAACGGCCUACUAUGGAUGCCCUCAUAGAAGAGCUUGAAGAAUUGAUUAGAAUCGAGGUAAAAUCAAACGACCCAUUCUAUCAAGAACGUAGACAGCUACAAAAUCAAGCAAAGGUUGUAAAGGAGCGGGAAAAAGUUGCCGUCGAGAGGGAAAAGAAGAUGCAAAGCAAGAUAGAUAUUAUAGAGGAAGAACUUGCACGACAAAAGAAAUUAAGGGAAGAAAUGGAAGAGCAGGUGAAACAGUUUAAUGAAAUGAUGAUACAACAACGCAAUCUUCCACCCCCAAGCUAG